AUGUUGUUUGUUCGUGUGUUUUGUGCUACUGUUGUUCUUGGAGUUGUGAACGCGUCUUCUGUCAUUCCCGAGUGGGAAUUAGCCGGUCAGUGUGGACCGUGUCGGUACUGUCUCGUUUUGCACGGACCCUCCAAUUGUUAUUUCUUCAAUGGAAAGGAGUGGAACACUGUGUUCGAGUACUUUUACGCUCGGUAUGGGAUGUCGCUUGUUGAUCGAAACAUCUUGGUGUCCUUCGUCGGGAGGGAGGAGAUGGGGCUGUUUCCGAUAGAAUCACUGGUCGUCGAUAUUGAGGAAGAUUAA